GUUUAUAAACUGCGGUCAUUUUCCGUCGCCUGGAAUACGCUAUCAAUCGAGUCUAUUCAUACUACUAUCACUAAUAAAGGUUUGAUCAGUUGAUCGAAAAUAUUGUUCACGGUUAAUUAACCCCUUUCCACAAUGGCGCACCCGACGACUGUAGAUCCGCCCUCCAACUCAAUCCGCUACAUCCCCACCAACGAGGCCUACGACAGAUGGGCGGAAGUCUACGAUAGCGACGGCAAUUUCCUACAGGCGCUCGAUGAUUUAGAACUCAAGACACUCUUUCCAAGAUUCGUAGCAUCAAUCAAGUCACCCAAGCCUUGGCGGAUAGUGGACCUGGGAUGCGGCACCGGGCGCAACACGGCGCUCCUCCUCAGGGUUCCCGAGAGCGAGACAAUCGCGCUGGAUGCGAGCAAAGGCAUGCUAGAAGUCGCUAAGACUCGACUUGGGGGUUCAAGUUUAACCCCUGAGCUUUCCGGGAAUAAACCGAUACUUCGCUUUGACGUUUUCGACAUGCUCGCCACUUCGGGGCCUCCAGCAUCUGUAGCCCCUCACACCGUGGAUGCCAUAAUCAGUACGCUCGUCGCUGAGCACAUCCCGCUCUCGGUAUUCUUCGCGCACGUAUCACAGCUACUUCGCCCCGGUGGAGUGCUGCUUCUGACAAAUAUGCACUCCCACAUGGGCUCGAUCUCACAAGCUGGCUUUGUGGACACGGUCACGGGAGAGAAGAUACGGCCGACGAGCUAUGCACACACUGUUGAAGACACGAUACUCGAGGCGCGUAAAUGCGGGCUUGAUGUUGAGACUGAUGCAGAGGGGAAUGGGAUUAUUGAAAGGGCAGUUAGUGAAGACAUGGUUGAGAAACUGGGACUUAGAAGUGGGAAGUGGGUUGACAUCACAUGCUGGUUUGGUGGGAUAUUUCGUAAAGCGGAUUCAUGAGCGCCUAUGAAAUACCUAGAGCGACAUAAUUUUAUAUGACAUUAUUGUCAAAAUGCUUAAUAUACCAGGGUACCCAUGUUAACCCUAGCCUGCACUAUUAUGACGGAUGACACAAGAUCUUGAUAUUCCUUUCAAGGUCUAUCAGGUAGUGUAGAUGAGGUGACAAUGGUUUACUACCAGAAGAAGAGGCCAGACUCACGAACUAGUCACCGACUAUAUGUACUUAGGUGCACCUAUUCUGGGCCGUUAAUGCUAGCUUGAUAAAAG